GAGGAGAAGAAGCCGAAGAGGAAGGUGGCUUGUAUGAUUGGCUACUGUGGAACUGGGUACCAUGGAAUUCAGUUCAACCAGCCCCAUGACACUAUUGAGAGUGCGUUGUUUGAUGCCUUUGUCAAGGCUGGUGCAAUCUCGAAGGAUAAUUCUGACGAUCCGAAGAAGUCCUCGUUGCAGCGUGCUGCCAGGACGGAUAAGGGUGUGCAUGCCGCUUGCAACUUGAUCUCCCUCAAGCUCAUCAUCGAGGACCCAGAGAUCGUUCAGAAGAUCAACUCUCACCUCCCUGAUCAGAUCCGCCUUUGGGGUAUCGUGCGCACGAUCAACUCCUUCAACCCUCGCACGCUCUGCGACUCCCGCGUCUACGAGUAUCUCAUCCCAUCAUACGCCUUCUUGCCUCCGGCUCCCGAGUCAGCUGCUCACAAGAUGAUGAUGUCGAAGGAAGGUGCGACUAUCGGUGAAGAUGGUGAGGCUUUCUGGAAGACCGCCAACGAAAAGGUCGCCGAGGCUCUCGCUGCUUUCGACAAGGACGUUGCUCCGACGAUGACCGAGGCGAGCGAGGAGGAGGUCGAGGCGAGGCGCAGUCGCGCUGGCAAGAUAGAGGACUACCGUCAAAAGUUGGCUUACCGUAUGCCUGCGGACCGCCUCGAGCGUGUGCGCGCUGCAUUCAAGGCCUACGAGGGUAACAAGAACUACCACAACUACACUCUCGGUAAGGGCUUCCGCGAUCCGUCCUCCAAGAGAUACAUUAAGACUUUCACCGUUUCUGACCCCAAGAUCAUCAACGACACCGAAUGGUUGUCCCUGAAGGUCCACGGUCAGAGUUUCAUGUUGCAUCAAAUUCGCAAGAUGGUUACUAUGGCGGUGCUCUUGGCGCGCUACAACGUGCCCGUAGAAAGAAUUUCGGAGACCUUCGGACCAGUGAAGGUCAACAUCCCGAAGGCCCCUUCGCUCGGGUUGUUGCUCGAGCGUCCCAUCUUCGAUGCGUACAACAGAAAGCUCGAAAGCGGUAUCAGCGUCGAUGCAGCGAAGCCUGCGUUGAAUUUCGACAAGUACGAAACGGAGAUUGAGGACUUUAAGAUGAAGCACAUCUAUGACAAGAUCUACGCCGAGGAAGAAAAGGAACAGACGCUCGAUAGAUUCUUGCAAUUCAUUGACACGUGGGAUGGACUGGAUAUGCAA